AUGGGUGGACGUAGAGUAAAGAAAGGAGUAAAAGGCGAAAGUGCAGAAUAUAUAACUCGUGCUCAGGCUUUAAAAUAUUUACAGCUCUCAUUAGCUGAUUUCCGUAGAUUAUGUAUACUAAAAGGUAUAUAUCCACGUGAACCAAAAAAAAAACUUAAAGGAGCAGAUAAGACAUAUUACCAUAGCAAAGAUGUAUUAUUUUUACGAUAUGAUCCUAUACUAUCAAAAUUUCGGGAUUUUAAGGUAUACUUAAAGAAAUAUAAAAAAGCAUUGGCACGAAAUGAUCGUAAUAAAAUCCGUUCUUUAAUACAAAGAAAACCAGAACUACCACUAAGCCAUAUUGUGAAACAACGUUAUCCUUGUUUCAUAGAUGCUUUACGAGACUUAGAUGAUGCUUUAACAACUUGUGCUUUAUUUGCAUCUCUAGGAGCAGAUGAUAAUCAUAAUAUACCAGCUAGUACUAUUGAACAAUCAGUAAAGUUAAUGGAUGAAUUUAUGUACCUAGUAUCUAAAUGUGGCUUUUUAAAAAAAUCCUUUAUUUCAAUUAAAGGAUUUUAUUUUCAAGUUGAGAUAUUAAAUGAAAAAAUUAUCUGGCUUUUACCCCAUCAAUUCUCUCAAAAGCUACCAGAUGAUGUUGAUUUUAGGGUUAUGACAACUUUUCUUGAAUUUUAUCAUGUUUUAUUGAAAUUUGUUAAUUUUAAAUUAUAUCAGCUUAAUAAUAUAACUUAUCCUCCUACUAUUGAUUCUAGUAUAUUAAAAAGUGGAGGAAGAUUUUUAUCAUUGAAAGCUCAUAACUUAAAAAAUCUUACACAAUGUUUACCUACUGAUAGUUUAACAAUUCAAAAUAAUUCUACAAGCUCUAAAUUAUUAUUUGAAGAUUUAUGCUUUUUUAUUUCAAGAGAGGUACCUCUAGUACCAGCAGCAUUUGUAAUUAUAAGUCAGGGUGGUAAAAUAGGAUGGGAGAAUGAAGCCUCUCCAAUUAAACGUGAUAAUUCAAAUAUUACUCAUUAUAUUGUCGAUAGACCAAUGAAAUUUAUUAUUAAAGAGAUAGAAAAAUAUCCAAAUUCAGAAUUUAUUCAACCACAAUGGCUAUUUGAUUGUUUAAAUGAAUUUAUAUUAUUACCUACUAGAUUAUAUGCUCCAGGUGAAAUAUUACCACCACACUUAUCACCUUUUGUAAAUGAUGAAGAACAAGGUUAUGUCCCAUUACAACGUGAAAUAUUAGAUAAUUUCAAAGGGUUAAAAACAAAAACUAAAUCUAUUGAAGAUGACUUUGCAACAACUCACUGUAGUGAUUCUAGUGACUUGGAUGAUGAACAAAUAUCUGAGGCUAGAGAAAAGGAGUAUCUGGCUAGCUUACAAUCAGAGAUGACAAAAUCUAAUAUAUCAGGAGAUAUUAAUGAAGAUAAACAUAAUGACUUAGUAUCUAUAGCUAAAUUAGAAUACAAAAAGAGAAAGAUGCAAGAAGAAAUGGAAUCAAGGAAAUCACUUUUAUCUAAGAAACAUAAGAGACUUUUGGAAAGAAUAGAAUAUACCAAGAGAUUGAAAUUAGAAAGAGCUAAGAAGUUACAUAGUCGUAGGAAAGAUAGUAAUUAA